AUGGCGUCGUCUGCCAAUAGUGCUCCCAGCAAUGGCAUCACCGGUGGCUAUACAGGCCAUAAUCUGGGGCUACAGAUUGCAAUGGGGACGUUUACCGGCGUGGCCUGGUACAACGCAACAGAGCUCAUUGUCCUCAUCUUCGUGACCUUCCGCCAGUAUCGCGGGCUGUACUUCUGGAGCCUGCUGGUGUCUUCGGCGCUGGGUGUCUUGCCUUAUUCCGUGGGCUUUCUCAUGAAGUUCUUCCAACUCACCUCGGCCACAUGGCUAUCCGUGACUCUUCUGACCGUGGGCUGGAAUCCAAAGAUUCUCCGUCCCGUGCUGUGCAUGAUCAUUGUCAACGCUAUUCUCCUGCAUAUACCGACUACUGUGUUGACGUACGGAUCGAAUUUCGCCAGCUCCAACACCCAUUAUGUAAAUGGGUAUAAUGUCAUGGAGAAGAUCCAGAUGACCGGGUUCUGUCUGCAAGAAUUCAUACUCUCUGGCAUCUACAUCUACGAAACCCUCGGUCUUCUGCGCGGGAAUCCAGAGCGUGGGAGUCGCAAGAUCAUGUAUCAGUUGCUCGUCAUCAACUUGAUCAUCAUCUUAAUGGACGUCGGCCUGCUGGUGGUCGAAUACAUGAAUUUUUACGUGGUAGAGACCACGCUGAAAGGGGCCGUCUAUAGCAUCAAGCUAAAGCUAGAAUUCGCUGUGCUGGGACAAUUGAUUCGACUCGUGCGAACUCACGGCUGGAACAAUAACCCCCAGCCAACCAUCACCUCCGAAAGCAGCCAUUCAUUGGCACCAAAUGCUCUCCCCGACUUUGUCGAUGCCUCUCGCAUCGCCUCCGAUGUCACGCAUCCCACUCCACGGCCGAGCAAAUCCCACCAACACCCCUUGGACGACGACAUGGACGCUAUAUCAGUAGCCAUGUUCGAGCACUCGCCGCCAUUGCCAUACCACGAGCCGAGGCCAGAACCCACCUAUCACCAGCCGAGGCGAGAGUCCACGUACCACGAAAUAAUUUGGAUGUCUGGCUACAUUUCAGCACAUAAUCAUCAAGUCAAUCCAUCAAUGGGCAGGCAUCAUUUCCUGGCCUUUAGCGCCCUCGCAGCAGCCGCCGCGCCAUCAUGUCCGUCUACCCCGACGACUCUACAUCUCCCAGACGCACCCUACCACAACUUCUUCUAUUCCGACUGCAACACUGCCGUCCAAGUUGUCGUGACCAGCCCGCAGUCUGACAGCGACCUCUCUGUGACCGCUCCUCGCCUCAUCGUUGCUUGGCCCGCCGGCAACAGCGGGGUUUGUACAUUCUUCGAGCCUCAAAACGGCGUUAAUGGCUCUCUGAGCAUCGAGCUCGUCAAUUCCACCAUAGGCAGUCCAUUGGCAGCAACUUAUAGCACAGAUGCAGCUUCCGGCAAUGAUUCGACCCCCUUCUAUGGUGUCACCGGCACCAUUCGCUUCAAUUCUUCUGCCAUUCUCACCCUCCCCAUCUUGGGUAGCAUACGCACGAUCCGAGAUUAUGUCGAAGGUUCAAGUAUUUUACAGCCGGAGAUUCAGGACGCUAUUCACGUGUCUCGCUUGUCCAAUGGGGGAGCUUCCCUGCAGCGGCUUUGGCUGGAUAAUGUGACCUCGACGCAUCUUGAUUUCGCACCUGCUUCUACUUCAAAUGGGUCUGUUACUAUUAGUGGUAGCAGCAACAACAAUAACAGCAAAACCUUGGUGUUUGAGGCUGGUGACUAUGUGUUCACCGCGGAAUACAAUUAUAUGCAGUUGACGCAAUUAUCGCCAGGACAGGUGUUGAGCAACCAGUCCGCUGCUUUGAUUCAGCAGCAAUCAGACACAACGGAAGCGUUGUCUUUCUUGUCGUACUCCACAAAGCUGCUGGCUGGUGCGUGGCGGUUCUUGACGUACUUUGGUCGUGAUUCCAUGAUCUCUGCGCUCUUGCUGCAACCGGUUCUGAGCAGAGGCAAAAACGGUGCCUUGGAGGCUGUUAUUGCUGCGGUUCUGGAGCGGAUUAAUAGGGCAGAUGGGAGUGUGUGUCAUGAGGAGACCAUUGGUGACUAUGCUACAUGGCUGAAUGAACAAAAUGGCGUGUUUAGUACUGAGCCACAAUGUAAUUAUGAAAUGGUUGAUUCCGAUUACUUUCUUCCAAUUCUAAUGAACAAAUACUUCGUCGAAGAUCCCGUUGGCCGUGAUAGAGUCGGGGCAUUUCUGAACACUUCCGCUGGAGGCUUUAUUUCCAGCAAUAGCGAUCUGACCUACCAGGAUAUGGCAGUCCUAAACGCAGAACGCAUCAUGAGACUAGCUGCGCCAUUUGCAGGAAAUCAGAACCAGACUGAAUCCAACCUGAUCCACCUGAAGGAGGGUCAGAUUGCGGGCGAAUGGAGAGAUAGCGCUUAUGGCAUUGGUGGAGGUCGCAUUCCCUACGAUGUGAAUACGGCUUUGGUACCUGCAGCCCUUCGAGCCAUCGCGUCUCUUGCUCGCAACAACUUCUUCCCCGUCCAGACACAACAGCAAGAACAAUGGGACACACUGGCCGACAAAUACGCUCAAGUCUGGGAGGAUGAGACACUGAGAUUUUUCAACGUGACCAUCCCCGUAUCCAAGGCUAAGCAGCUCGUAGCCUCCUACGCAAAGACAAUCAACUUCACCGGACCCAACCAAACUGACACCAUCGACAGUGAUGUGAAUUUCCACGCCCUCGCGCUCAAUGGCUACAAUAAUCAAACGCAGGUCCUUGUCAUGAACACAGACGACUGUUUCCGUCACUUCCUGCUCAAUACUACCAGAGACCAGAACCAACUCACAUUCUUCAUGAAUCAAACCGCAAACAAUAUCCGUCGCACAUUCCCUGCUGGCCUUCUCACUGAUGCCGGCAUGCUCGUGUCCAAUCCUGCCUAUGGCCAAAACUCGGAGUAUGCAGAGAACUGGGACAGUAGUGCCUACCAUGGCACAGUGAUUUGGUCCUGGCCCCUGGCCAUGAUGGCCAAGGGACUGGAGCAACAACUCGGGCGUUGCCGGGUGGGCAGUCGUUUGACACAGCAAUCCAUCGAAUCGCGUCUUGAGCGCGAUAGCAGAAAUAACAGCAAUGAUGAAAAUAUUCCCGACUUUUGUCAUGACUCUGUUGUGUAUAGCAAUGUCAAAUCUGCUUAUAAUGUCCUCUGGGACUCAAUUGAGGCUAAUCAAGCACGGUUAUCGCAAGAGGUUUGGUCUUGGACAUAUGAUGAAAGCAAUGAUACGUUCAUAUCUACGCCGCUUGGAGUUAUGCCUCCGCCACCGGGUAUGGCGAGUCAAGUUGGUAUGUUUUCACGCUUCAAAUGCUAA